AUGAACCUUACUGCUUUGACCGUCGCCCUCCUCCUGGGCAUCUCCACCACAACUGCCUGGGAACUCCGCGCACAGAAACUAUCAUGGUCCGGGACAUGGUCCGGAACAUGGUCCGGAACAAAUCCUCAAGGAUGCACCGCUUUCAACAUUCCUAAGGGCGCCAAGAUCAGAUGGUCAGGAUCGACAGGUGCCCGGACCCUGCAAGUCUACAAUGCGAAGGGAAGCUGUUCGCGUGUGUAUCGGACUGUGCAGGGAGUAGGGGAUAUCAACGCAUCGGAUAACAUAUAUGGGUUUACUGUCAAAGCUUGA